CGAGGAUUGUCAACAGUUUCGUGAUGGCUCUUGGAUGGACAGUAAUUAUUCUUGGCUGCAUUGGACAGUUAAGCGCACAGAUACUUAAUUAUACUCAGUGCAAAGAUGUAGAAUUGCUGGAAGGUAGACUACUACGAAUACUCUCGAGACUAAAUCUAGAGGAAGAGUACAAUACCCUGUUGGUCUACGGAAAGGAAUGCGUGUUUCAUUCGUUACUGAGGAAACUAGAGAUACCCGCAGUCACUGUACCAUCAGGAAGUACUGGUCAUGAUUGGAGCUUUAGUACAGCAACACUAGUAUUAAGCUGUGGAUCUGAUGCGGAAAAUGAAGAGAACUCGUACACUCUACUGAAGUUGCAGAGGACCAGGCGUCUUAUUUAUCUAGAGGACAAUAGUGAGCCCGAAUCUGUUUGUAUGAGAUACUCGUUGAAGGAGCAGCAUAACAUAGCCAUGGUUAAGUCGGACUUCGAUCAAUCGGAUAUCUUCUACUCCUGUCGCCUCUUUCAUACGCCCAACUAUGUAGAAGGACACUUCUUCAAGGACCAACGUAUCUACAUUGAGAACUUUCAGAAUAUGCGUGGUGCUACUAUAAGAACGGUGCCAGAUAUUUUGGUGCCCCGAACCAUCGUUUAUCGAGACGAAAAGUCUGGUGAGACUAAGAUGUUGGGCUACCUGGCACACAUGUUAAAUACCUAUGCCCAGAAACUGAAUGCCAAACUGCAGUUCAUAGAUACAGAGAAGUUGGGGGUCAAAAAGCCCAGCGUCCUAGACAUAAUGAACUGGGUGAAGGAGGAUAUUGUGGACAUUGGCACGACACUGGCCAGUUCCUUGCAGUUUAAGAAUAUGGAUUCCGUCUGGUAUCCCUACCUACUGACCGGUUACUGUCUAAUGGUACCAGUUCCUGCCAAGAUGCCCUACAAUCUGGUGUAUUCGAUGAUAGUGGAUCCCCUGGUUCUGAGCAUCAUCUUUGUCAUGUUGUGUCUUUUCUCCGUUCUGAUAAUCUACACCCAACAUUUGUCCUGGAAGAACCUCACCCUGGCCAACAUCCUGCUGAACGACAAGAGCCUACGGGGCCUUUUGGGUCAAUCGUUUCCUUUUCCGCCGAAUCCAAGCAAGCAUCUCAAGCUGAUCAUCUUUGUCCUGUGCUUCGCCAGCGUUAUGAUCACCACCAUGUAUGAGGCCUACUUGCAGUCGUAUUUCACUCAGCCUCCAUCAGAGCCAUAUAUUCGAUCCUUUCAAGAUAUUGGAAACUCUUCGCUUAAAAUGGCAAUUAGUAUGAUGGAAGUGAAUGUCCUCACCUCCCUGAACAACUCACAUUUUCGGGAAAUAAGUGAAGAUCAUCUGCUGAUCUUCGACGACCUUUCCGAAUAUCUAGUCCUGCGCGACUCCUUCAACACAAGUUUUAUAUUUCCGGUAUCUGUGGAUAGAUGGAAUGGCUACGAAGAGCAACAAAAGCUAUUCGCUGAGCCCGCUUUUUACCUGGCCACCAAUCUCUGUUUUAAUCAGUUUAUGUUGUUCAGUCCCCCGUUGCGACGCUACUUGCCCCAUCGGCACCUUUUCGAUGACCACAUGAUGCGGCAGCAUGAGUUUGGCCUGGUGACUUUUUGGAAGAGUCAAAGCUUCAUCGAAAUGGUCAGACUUGGCCUGGCAUCCAUGGAGGACCUUACUAAGAAGACAAAUGUUGGGGUGAGCCUCUUGCUCGACGAUAUCUCAUGGAUACUUAAGCUUUAUUGUGGAGCUAUGUUUAUAAGUAGUAUUUGCUUUAUACUGGAGAUAUUGCGUUGCGUGAAGAGAUGCAAACGGUUAUGGAGGUGCAGAUGGUAA